CGCAUGCGUGGAUUGGCCUCGGACCUGCUUGAAAGAGCAUCCUCCUUUCUUAGUUGUGUGACUCAGCUAGUCAUUUAACGCAGUUUACCAAGGCUUUCCCCCCUUCCUCUUAUACUUCCCCCCCUUCUUAAGAGUUGUUACUAGGAAAGAAAGUAAGAGUUUAAAAACAAAUCCUUCUCUGAGAUGGGAUUUCUUCAUCUUCAAAAUAAGCAGGGCAGGGGGCAGCCAGGUGGUUCAGGGGAUUGAGAGCCUAGCCCUUGAGACAGGAGGUCUUGAGUUCUAGUGUGAUCAUAGACACUUCCCAGCUAUGAUCCUGGACAAGCCAUUUAACUCUGCUCUCAGCUUUUAAACUGAUUGUUGAUUCUAGGAUUUAAGAUAAGCCGACAAUAUGGAGGCACCUCCAGUCACCAUGAUGCCAGUAACAGGUGGCACUAUUAAUAUGAUGGAAUAUUUAUUGCAGGGAAGUGUUUUGGAUCACAGCUUGGAGAGCCUCAUUCACCGACUUAGGGGUCUGUGUGACAACAUGGAACCUGAGACUUUUCUGGACCAUGAAAUGGUGUUCCUCUUAAAGGGGCAGCAAGCUAGCCCCUUUGUUUUAAGGGCUCGGAGAUCAAUGGACAAGACAGGGGCACCCUGGCAUCUGCGAUAUCUGGGACAACCUGAGAUGGGGGACAAGAAUCGCCACACCCUAGUCCGUAACUGUGUGGAUAUUGCCACAUCAGAGAACCUGACUGAUUUUUUGAUGGAGAUGGGCUUCCGAAUGGACCAUGAGUUUGUGGCCAAGGGCCAUUUGUUUCGAAAAGGUAUCAUGAAGAUUGUGGUAUACAAGAUUUUCCGCAUCCUGAUUCCAGGGAACACAGAUAGCACUGAGGCACUGUCCCUCUCCUAUCUGGUAGAGUUGAGUGUUGUUGCACCAGCAGGACAGGACAUGGUUUCUGAUGACAUGAGAAAUUUUGCUGAACAACUAAAGCCUUUGGUUCACUUGGAGAAGAUAGACCCCAAGAGGCUAAUGUGAUUUUAGUAAAGGAACUUUCUGACAUUGGGGUCUGUUCUUUUGCAUUAUAGAAACCAAAACUAAGUAAAUAUCCUUGAGCAACAUAAAUUGGAUUUCUUUACUUCAUACAAGGGUCUUGGGAGCUUAACUGAGCUCUGGAAUUCAAAUCUCCUUUUCUGGAAAUUUCAGUAUAAAUUGCUUAUAUCUCUUUGCAAUGAAAAACCCUGUUAAUUUGUGCCAUUCAAUUAGCUCAUUCAUUGGGUUAUAUUAAUAGUGUCUAAAUUUUUUUCCAGUAAUCAAAUCUUUUUCUUCCUCUUCCUCCACUGGAAAGAUAAAAGAAAAAAUAAAACUCUUGUGACAUUUUGAUGUUAUGAGAGCUGAACUAAAUUUGACUGGAUUUCAUUCAUUUCUGACCACAGGAAAAAGAGGAUGAACAAAAACAGUUUUUCACAGGCAAAGAAAAGCUAUUAACUUGUUUCUUCAAGAUUCUAGGGGAGAGUAUCUAAGACCUAAGGCAGUGAGUAUAUAUCAUAUGGUAAAUUGGCAUGAAAAGCAUUGGGUCCAUAGUUUCUAAUUCUCCUUUCUAUUUCUUCCCUAACUAUUGCCAGUUUUGUUAUCAGUCAGAGUAACCCUACAGAAAUCUACACAUUUUGUGAAGCCAAAUGCAGGGAUAGUUCAUGUUCUAAACAUAAAGAAUGUUUCUUUUCAGUGCUUUAUGAAUACUCCUUAUUUUCAAGUCUGAGUCACAUCUAGGUAUUCCUUUCACCACCCUAAUCUCCCAAAUUGAAUCCUCCCUUGUAACUAAGAAAAUCAGUUGAGCAAAAAAGCUCUCCAGGUGAUUGCAUCUGACAGUCCAGUGCCUUAUUGCUAAAAGAUGAGAUGGUUUCAUAUCUAUUCUUUCCAAUUUAUUAUUAAUUUAAAAAAAAAUUUGCUCAGUGACUGAAUAAUGGUUUCAUUGAUAGUGGUAUUUAUUUGUAUCUUAUUUUUUUCCUUCUGCUUACUUCAUACUGCAUCAAUCUAUACAAACUUUCUCUUAAGAAUUAUUAACUUUUAAAAUAAACUUAUUUCUAG